AUGAAUGAUAGAGGUGCUUCAGGGUGGGGAUCCGCUCCUCUUAACUAUGUGGAUGAGGGACCAAACUCGUACUUCAAUCGUAGAGACGUUUCCCGUGGUAGUGCUUCGAGUUUCCAUGAACCGCGAGAUAGUCAGACAUCUGCGCGUUUUAGCGGUCGUUUGAGUUGUCGUUCUAGCGUUCGUGAUGAAACACAGACACUUGAUGAGUUUCUUCGGAAACAGCGUGUAGUUCGAUACAUGCAGGAAGAGCGAGAGCGUGGUGCUCGUUCGAAACUUGAACGUGAAGAACAUGAUGCUUGGGUCAACUUUCGCGCACUAGAACGGGCGGACCGCAUUAAACACCUAACAGAAGAAGAGAUGUUGGAGCUUCUUCAACGUGAGGCGAAUGAGGUUGAGCGGGAACGAAUGGCGGCCGAAGAGGCGGCGCGUCGUGUUGCCGAGAAGACUCAGGAGCGACGCCGUGCGUCGGCGGAAAGAAAGGCCCCAGAACAAACGCCAAUGCCAGCAGAGGCCCAGCCCCCGGCCCGCACGGAGCUCGACAGUCUCACGCGAAUGACGCACGAGUUCCGCCGACGGGAGGAGGACCUCCGCGCCGCCCUCCGCCGCGCCCAAGACGACGCCGCCUCCGCCCGCCUCGAGAGGGACGACGCGGAACGCGCGCAGCGGAACGCCGAAGCGGCUCUGCAGCGCGAGACCGGGCGGGCCGACGAGGAGGCCACCGCGCGGAAGAAAACGGAGCGCCGGGCCGAGGUGCUUGAGGCACGUAUGGAGGAAUUGCAAAAGAAGGUUGCCAACCUGGAGGAGAUGCUGCGACAGGCGAAGAGUGAGGAGGAGAAGAGUCGUACUGCCGUGAAUGAAAAAGAGAAGUUGCUGAAAUCACUCCGAGAAAAGUUGAAAGCUGCCCAACAAGAAAAUAAAGAUAUGGACACCAAGUACAAAGAACUUCAGCGAGAGAAUAGCACACUCUCUAAAAACGCUGCAGAGGUGUCAAAAAACAAAGCGUUGGCGAAACAGCAGGCGGCUAACCUGGCUGCUCUAGAAAGUGAACGUCAGUUGCGCACAAAAGCUGAACAAGACGUCUCCGAACUAAAGCAGCAACUUCAAUCUGCAGAGGCUGAGAGAAAACGAUUGGCAGGAGUAUUGGAAGAGCAACGUUCUAUGCAAAAUCGUAUGGAACAGCAAGGAAAAGAAUUAAAUCAAGCCAAGGUUGAAGCAGAGAGGUUACGGGAGCGGUUGCAGAAUGAAUCUUCGGCGAGAAAGCGAUUUGAAGAGCUUGCAGCGCAAUCUAAUCAAGGUAAAAAUAAUGGUUAUACCCAUGAAGAACUUGAACGUGCGAAAAAAGAAGCAAAACAGUAUAAGGAAGAGUUGGAAAAGACUCGUCAAGAGCUUGAUGCGAUGCGAGAAAGCUCUAAUCGAGAAAUCGCAUCCCUCAAGGCAUGGUGUAACCGUUUAGAGGCGCAGUGUGAUCGGCAAAUGAUUGAGCUGCGUGAACAAAUGUCAGCUGAAGAUAAGUACUCACCCCGUACAGGGAACAAAGAGGAGAAAAAGGAUGGUAACGCUAACUCCAAAGUCGUUGUGGAAAAAUACCCUCCAGGAUCUUUGCCGAGUGUAACAAAACUUCAAUCUGAAUUAGAUGAAGUAAAGUCAAAACUGAAGGAAAGCCAAGAGAAGGAGCAACGUGCUAUUGCUCUUGCCGAAUCAUUAAAGAAACAAAAUGGUGGCACCGUUGGUGGAGAAAACAAGAAGGACUUUGCCCUUGAUAGUAAAGUAGAUGAGUUAUCGAAGAAUAAUAAGGAGUUGAGAGAGGCUGUGGCUGCGGCCAAGGCUACUCAACAGCAAAUAGAGGUAGAGAAGGUACGUUUUCGAGAUGAGCUGGAGACGGAGCGGAAAAAGGUUAUUUCACUAGAGCGAGAAAAAGAACUUCUUGUGGAAAAACUACAUCACUAUGAGACAGUGAAGUUGACACAAGAAAAAGUGACUGAACUUAAAGAUGGAACUGGGGCGCAAUCUGCAGGCAUAAAUAUAGUUUCAGGGGAUGGACAGGGACUUAAUGAGCAGAUUACUGCACUUCAAGAGGAACUCGAAAAGGAGAGAAAGGCACGCAAUGAUGCUGAAAAGGAGGCUGCUGCACUUAAGUCAUUCGCUGACAAGGAGACUGAGGCACGUAAAAAGGCAGAAGCUGCCUUAAAUGAAAAAAGUAAGGCAAAAACCAAGUCGGGAUGCUGCUAA